AUGACUUAUAAGUUAUAUAACAAGCAGCACAAUAAAUAUUUAACAUGGCUGCUUUCGGUUUCUUUUUGAGUAUUGUUUGUGUUUUAAGCUUCUUGUGCUUAAGCAUUGCUCAAAAUGCCAGUUUCAAGACCUACAUUGUGCAUGUAAGAAUUGUUGAUGACAAGGCUUUAGCUCAGUUUGAAAAUCAUGAGGGUUAUUAUCGGUCUUUUUUGCCCGAGACGAUAUCGAGUUCAGAUCAGGAGGUUCGGAUGGUUCAUAGUUAUAGGAACGUUGUUAAUGGCUUUGCUGCUAGAUUGUCGGAUGAGGAAGCUGAGGUUGUAGGGAAGAAGGAUGGAGUUUUGUCGAUUAGGCCGCAGAGUGUGUACUCUUUGCAUACGACGCAUAGUCCUAACUUCUUGGGGCUGCACCAGAAUUUUGGGGUUUGGAAUGGCUCAAGUUAUGGGAAGGGGGUGAUUAUUGGGCUUUUGGACACUGGGAUCACAUCUGAUCAUCCGUCGUUUAGCGAUGAGGGGAUGCCUCCUCCACCGGCUAAGUGGAAGGGGUCGUGUGAGGGGACGACGUGUAAUAAUAAGUUGAUUGGAGCUAGGAAUUUUGUUGCAGGGGAGGCUGGACCGCCUACUGAUGAGGAAGGGCAUGGGACUCAUACAGCGAGUACUGCAGGGGGGAAUUUUGUGAAGGGAGCUAAUGUGUUUGGGAUGGCGAAUGGGACGGCUUCUGGCAUGGCGCCUCUGGCUCAUGUGGCAAUGUACAAGGUUUGUUCAGAGACUUGUGCUGAGAGUGAUAUAUUGGCUGCAAUGGAUGCUGCUGUGGAGGAUGGUGUGGAUGUUCUUUCGUUGUCGUUGGGAGGCCUGUCAGCCCCUUUCUAUGCUGAUAGUAUUGCUGUGGGGGCAUUUAGUGCUAUUCAGAAGGGGAUUUUUGUGAGUUGCUCAGCAGGGAAUUCUGGUCCGGAGAAUAGUACUAUGUCGAAUGAGGCUCCUUGGAUUCUUACUGUUGGAGCUAGCACGAUUGAUAGAAACAUAAGAGCAACUGCACUUCUGGGAAACAAAGAUGAAUUGGAUGGUGAAUCCCUCUUCCAGCCAAAGGAUUUCCCUCAGACUUUGAUGCCACUUGUUUUCCCUGGUUCAAACGGUGAUGAGAAUGCUGCAUGGUGUGCUGAAGGUUCACUGGACAACGUCGAUGUUAAAGGCAAAGUAGUCUUGUGUGAAAGAGGCGGUGGUAUAGCAAGAAUUGCCAAAGGACAGACAGUGAAAGAUGCUGGUGGAGCUGCAAUGAUACUAAUGAAUCAAGAGCUAGACGGAGAAAGUACAUUAGCUGAUCCUCAUGUUCUUCCAGCAACUCAUGUGGGCUAUUCUGUUGGAGUUUCAGUCAAGCAGUAUAUGAAUUCAACCUCGUCGCCUGUGGCCACAAUCUUAUUCAGGGGAACUAUAAUUGGAGUAGAUUGGGCUCCUGCUGUUACGUCUUUCUCAUCUAGAGGUCCCAGUGUUGCCAGCCCCGGAAUCCUGAAACCUGACAUCAUAGGCCCUGGGGUCAGCAUUCUUGCAGCAUGGCCUGUUUCUAUUGAUAACGCAAGUACGACAGCAACCUUCAAUAUGAUUUCAGGCACAUCGAUGUCUUGUCCUCACCUUAGUGGCAUUGCAGCUUUGCUAAAGAGCACCCAACCGACUUGGUCUCCAGCUGCCAUUAAGUCUGCAAUCAUGACCACAGCUGAUCAGCUAAACCUAGCCAACGAUCCUAUUAUUGAUCAAAAUGAAUUGCCUGCGGACUUCUUUGCUAUUGGUGCAGGCCAUGUAAAUCCUUCUAAAGCCAGUGAUCCUGGCCUUAUCUACGACAUUCAGCCAUCUGAUUACAUUCCUUACUUGUGCGGAUUAGGAUACACUGAUGAACAAGUUGGAAUGAUUGUUAAUGGGGUGGUUAGCUGUGCUAAUGAAACAAGCAUCCCUGAAGCUCAGCUAAACUACCCUUCUUUCUCUAUUGCAUUAGGCUCCUCAACAGUAGAAUUCUCUAGAGUUGUGACUAAUGUCGGCGAUGCUGUUUCAUCUUACACUUUGAAAAUUGUUUCCCCACCUGGUGUCGUUGUUAGUGUCACCCCAGCUACCCUUGAGUUUUCGAGUGUGAACCAGAAACUGACCUAUAAAGUGCAGUUCAGCCCAUCAGGCGAGGCUCCCAAGACUCCAUUUGUUCAAGGAUCGCUUAUGUGGAUGUCUGGUAAACAUGUGGUGAGAAAUCCCAUCUCUGUCAAGUUUUAGUCGAAAAAGGCAGCCGAGGAUCAUCUGCUACAUUUCAUUCAAUCGGGGGUGUUUCCAAUUUGGUUGGCAUUUGUUUGUGUUGGUACUUGGUUCUUUCUUACAGAUCCUUGUAAUUUCUUAGAUUAAUAAGCUAACUCAUAACAUCCAUGGAAUUGUCCUAAACUAUCAAAUACAAAACGCAAAUUUAUCUUUGUGCA